AUGGUUGCUCCUCUUGCACUCAUCUUCCUAACUCAGUGGAUGUUGCUCAUCCCCCAGUUGUGUGUUGGCUGGAACUGCACAGACCCGGAGAUACCAGACUCACCUAUUAGAAAUUUAAAGCUGAAUCGGUGGAAAAUGGAGCUGAGUUGGAUGAGCAGCAUGAAUUUCACUAAGAACUGGUGUUCAGUGACUGCAGGAGGUUUUACCGAGACUAUAAUGGCACAGAAUAUGAAGUGCAUGUUUGGAAAUGUAGCACCUCCUCUGCACAAUGGCGUAAGCUUUUCUGUCACGGCAGUGAACAUGAAUGACACCUACUCAAACAUAUGCAGAUAUAUUCCUCAAGGUGUGAACGGGUCAGCCAUUGAGAACUUCUCUUGUGUGGUUUAUAACAUUUCUCUCAUGAACUGCACUUGGCAGGCAGGCAGGGAUGCUCCAGGAGAUACCCAGUAUUUUCUCUACUGGCAGAACUCGAGAGACAACAAGGAAGUGGAAUGUGAGCUUUACAUGAAAGAUGAAAAUGGCAGAAACAUGGGAUGUAGAUUCCAAAAUGUGAGGAUGGAUACUGAAAAAGCUUACUUUCUGGUGAAUGGGUCUAGCAGAGCCUCUCUGAUCAAGUUCUAUGAUGAAUACAUUCAACUGUAUAAAAUUGAAAAGCUCUUGCCUCCAUCAAAUAUCACUGUCAACUGUGAUGAAAUGAAAAAUUAUUGCAUAAUUCAAUGGCAACAACCCCAAAUAAGUCAUUCUAACAAAGACAAGUGUUUUAAAUAUGAAAUCAACAUCAAGUAUAAGGCUAAUGGAAAUGAGAUAGUCUGCACCUUUAGUUCAGAAGGAGGGAAAAGUCAUGCAUUUCAAAGAUCCAAUAUGAGAAAGAAAUACCUCUUGAAAAUGAGAACAGCUGGUAGUGCCUGCCUUGUGAGCCCAGACUGGGGGGACUGGAGUGCACCCAUUGAGUUUGGAAAUGACGAAAUUAUUUCUUCUUCAGUAUGGAUUUUACUUGUGAUAGCAGCUGCAACACUCUUAGUGGCAAUCAUCACAAUUUUGUUCUGCAAAAGGACUGGCUGCUGGAAAGCAGCACUUCCACAAAUCCCAGAGCCAAAAAAUACAUUUCGUGGACUACUUGAUACAAAUCCAGAGCUGAUGGAGAGCAAAAUUCAAUCACUAACAUCUGAAAAUGAAGAUAUAAUAUUAGUUGCUGAUGUAGUGAAAUAA